AUGGCUGGCCCGUCAAAACCCUCCGAGAAGCGACAGGUCUCGCUUCGCAACUUUUUCACCCCAAAGCCACGGGAUCCGCCUGCAGCCGACGGAUCAAGCACCCAAUCCCUCUCAACAUCGGCGAAACCGAAUGAUGACCAGAAGAAGGUUGCUUCUCCAGCAUCUGCAUCGUCAGCGCCAGCUGUGCCCAAAAAGCGGUCACUGAAGGCGAAAGACGAGGAGGAGGAAGCAAAGGAUGAGGAUGACGAGGCUGAGACCUCCAAUCGCCUGGCAAAACGUGUCAGGCCAUCCAGGCCAUUGCGUUCAUCCAGAUCGGCCAGGGCCAUUGUUGAUGACGAAGAUGACGAAGACGUAGACCAGUCUUCUCCUGCUCGCGAGAAGUCGGCAUCCCCGCCUUCUCUUGCUUCUAUUCCCAAAGGCUCUGCCUCCUCCCGGACGGAGCGAUUCGUCUAUGAUCCAAACCGCUCUGCGACGGGCCAAGCUGGUGGCGACGAUGAAGAGGAUAUUGCGGCGAAACGUCGGAAGGAAGAAUUGCAUAGGAAGUUCGUGAAGAAGCUGGGUGAUCCUGAUAGCCUGCCCUUCUUCCGGAUACGAGACCCCCUACCUGAUGAUACUGGAACUCCAACGCUGGAUGGUGAUGAUGAGGAAGGAGGCGACGAGGAAGAACCCCCUCCGCCUCCGACGACCAAGAAGGGCGCUAAGUCCAAGCUGACGCCCAUGGAGAUACAAUUCCUUGAGAUCAAGCGGAAGCAUAUGGAUACUAUCCUGAUUGUGGAGGUCGGCUACAAGUUUCGAUUCUUUGGCGAGGACGCCCGUAUUGCUGCCAAAGAGCUAAGCAUUGUAUGCAUCCCGGGCAAGCUCAGAUACGAUGAACACCCUUCAGAAGCUCACCUCGACCGCUUUGCCUCUGCUAGCAUACCAGUCCAUCGCCUUAAUGUUCAUGUCAAGCGUUUGGUCGCUGCCGGGCAUAAGGUGGGAAUUGUGCGCCAGAUCGAAACUGCAGCGCUGAAGAAGGCUGGAGACAACCGCAACGCCCCUUUUGUGCGGAAGCUUACCAAUGUCUAUACCAAAGGCACAUAUAUCGAUGAGACAGGGGAGUUGGACCAGCCUGGCGAGGCCACUGGCGCUUCAGCAGGUGGUUACUUGCUCUGUUUGACCGAGUCCCCAGCCAAGGGGCUAGGAACAGAUGAGAAGGUAGAUGUUGGCCUCAUCGCCGUGCAGCCUGCGACGGGAGACAUCAUCUAUGAUUCCUUCGAAGAUGGCUUCAUGAGGCGUGAGAUCGAAACUCGUCUGCUCCACAUCUCACCCUGCGAGUUCCUCAUUGUCGGUGAGCUCUCCAAGGCUACCGACAAGCUCAUACAGCAUCUGUCCGGGAGCAGUACCAAUGUCUUCGGCGACAAGAGCCGUGUUGAGCGCGUCCCUAAGGGCAAUACGAUGGCUGCCGAGGCCUACUCGCACGUCACCCAGUUCUAUGCCUCGAAGACCAACGAGAAAGACCCCAAGUCCGCUGCCCUACUCGAGAAGGUCCUCAAGCUUCCCGAGUCGGUCACCAUCUGUCUCUCGGCCAUGAUCACCCACUUGACAGAGUAUGGGUUGGAGCACAUCUUCGCUUUGACCAAGUAUUUCCAGUCGUUUAGCACGCGACAGCAUAUGCUCCUCAACGGCACAACACUUGAAAGUCUCGAAGUGUACAGAAAUGCCACCGAUCAUAGCGAAAAAGGAAGCCUUCUGUGGGCCCUAGACAAAACUCAAACUCGUCCCGGCCGACGGUUGCUGCGGAAGUGGAUCGGCCGCCCACUACUGGACCACGAACAGCUGCAGGAACGUGUAGAAGCCGUCGAGGAGCUGCUAGAGAAUCAAAAUACCUACAAGGUUGACAAGCUGACGAACAUGCUCAGCAACAUCAAGGCCGACCUGGAGCGCAGCCUGAUCCGUAUCUACUAUGGAAAGGCCACACGGCCGGAACUUCUCUCAACCUUACAAGCAUUGCAAAGGAUCUCAAUCGAAUACUCCACGCUUAAGACCCCAGCAGACACAGGCUUCAAGUCCCGGCUGAUCGCCGAAGCUAUAAUGUCGCUGCCGGCGAUCGGCAACAUCGUGACCUCCUAUCUCGACAAGAUCAACGCUCAGGCGGCCAGAAAGGACGACAAGUACGCCUUCUUCCUGGAGGAGUACGAGACCGACGACAUCACCAAGCACAAGUUGGGCAUCGCAGCUGUCGAGGCUGACCUCGACCUGCACCGCAAAGACGCCGCAGCCAAGCUCGGCAAAAAGACUCCCGUCAACUAUGUCACCGUUGCGGGCAUCGAAUACCUCAUCGAAGUUCCCAACACCGACCUCAAGUACGUCCCUGCCUCCUGGGUCAAGAUCAGCGGCACCAAGAAACUCUCCCGCUUUCACACUCCCGAAGUCAUCCGCCUCAUGAACGAACGCGACCAGCACAAAGAAGCCCUGGCCGCAGCCUGCGACGCAGCAUUCUCCAACCUCCUCAAGUCCCUGGCAGCUGAGUACCAGCCCCUCCGCGACGCAGUCGCCUCCCUCGCAACAAUCGAUUGUCUGCUCUCCCUUUCCCAAGUAGCCUCUCUCCCCGGCUACACCAAACCGACCUUCCUUCCCCCCGGCACACCCCCUACCAUCACCAUCACCCAAGGCCGGCACCCAAUCGCCGAACAUACCCUUCCCGAUGGGUACAUCCCCUUCACAACCUCCCUGACCUCGCCCGCUCCGAUCGCGCAACUCAUCACCGGCCCCAACAUGGGCGGCAAAUCAAGCUACGUGCGCGCGGUAGCCCUCCUCGUCCUCCUUGCGCAAAUAGGCUCCUUCGUCCCCGCCGACGCCAUGUCCCUGACCCUGACCGACGCAAUCUACACGCGCAUGGGCGCGCGGGACAACCUGUUCGCCGGCGAGAGCACCUUCAUGGUGGAAGUCUCAGAGACCGCCACCAUUUUGCGGAGCGCAACCCCGCGAUCCCUCGUCAUCCUCGACGAGCUAGGGCGCGGCACAUCCACCCACGACGGCGCGGCGAUCGCGCACGCCGUGCUAGACCACGUUGUGCGCGAGACGAAGUGUUUGACGCUGUUCAUCACGCACUACCAGAGCCUGGCCCGCGUCGCGGCUGGGUUGGGAGAUGGACUAAUCAAGUGCGUGCACAUGCGGUUCAGUGCGACGACGAAUGAGGAGGGUGAGGAGGAGAUCACGUUCUUGUAUGAGGUCGCGGAUGGUGUGGCGCACCGGUCAUAUGGGUUGAAUGUAGCACGGCUGGCACGGAUUCCGCGCAAGGUGCUGGAUGUUGCGGCGCAAAAGUCGCGGGAGAUGGAGGAUGGGAUGAAGGUGAAGAGAUUGAGAGGUGCGGCGAGGUUGUUGGGUGAUGUGCUUUCCUCCCCAGGAGGUGAAGAUGGGGAUGCUGCUGUCGCAGACCAGCUGAACCAUUUGAUUUCCAGUAUCGAGCAGUUGUAA